GAGCUUCUUCUCACCCAUUGGCGCGCCAUGGCUCCGUUCAAAGACGACCAGAUCAUUGUCAUCGCGCCGGGCUCCGAGACGACAGUCGCGCAGCUCGGUCUGCCCGAGUCGUUCACGCCCCCGCGUCUGCGCGUGAGGUCGCGCAUGUUCGCUGCCGAGAAGGAGGGCGAAUUCGAACCGUACAAGAUCAGGCGGCGACAGGACAAGGCCGCGGAAAAGACUGGCGACGCCCAGGAUCAGGCGCAAGAUGAGACCAAGCAGGGCGCCGAGGGCGAAGACGACGUGAUAUGGGAGGAAGACCGCGUGUCGGAGGAAGGCGCGAUAUGGCCGAUCCAGGAGGGCAAGAUUGUCGACUGGCCCUGCUUCUUUGCCCUCAUCUCCCACGUCUACAACACGCUCAACCCGCCCUUCCACACGGCCAUCCUCCUCAUAACCCAGCCGGCAUGGACUCCGCGCGAGCACGAGAAGCUCACCCAGUUCUUCUUCGAGAAAUUCAAGACGCCCGCAUUCGGCCUGGUGGACGCGGCGCUGGCGACGACAUGGGCGUAUGGCGUGCACACUGCAACUAUUAUCGACGUGGGCAAGGAGAAGACUGAUGUUACGGCUGUCAGCGAGUUCAUUCCCCACACGCAAGGGAGGGUCAUCUCGCUGCCAGAAUGUGGAGGCGAGGCCUUCACCCAGGGUCUGCUCUCCAGGCUAAAGCCAAAGGGCCUCAACCGCGACAUGUGCGAACAGCUCAAGAAGUCGCCCAUCUGCGAAAUCUUACCUAUCGGGACACCUGUUCCGGGGUCGGGAGAGGUUGAGGAGCAUCAGGUCGUCUCAAAUCCCGCGGCAGCCGCGUCUACGGGUGCCCUGGCUUCCGGGCCUGCUGCAGCUGCAUCAAUCGGCAACGCACCACGAGGCCCUGGUCCUGACACCGAAGUUGGCGAGGAGCCCGCUGCCGAUGAGAACGAGGGCGUCCUGGACGUCGCAAGCAUCGUGGCAGGCGGCAAGAUGACCGAAUACCUCGCCAAGAAAGAGAGGGAGAAGCAAGACAAGGCCAUUGCUAAGAAAAAGGGUGCACCGGUACAAGAACCGAACAAGCCUGUCAGGUUACCCAAUUUCAAACGGCUCAAGGCAACGUUUCAAUACGAGGAUCAUACGCUUCUGGAUACCCUCAAGAAUAUGAACUUAAAUACUCAGGACAUGGCAGAUGCGAAAGCCGCCCUCGACGAAGGUCCUGGCAAGAAGACACACACCGAAGGAGACAACGGCGAACCAAAGUCCGCGACCGAGGCAAACGGCGCAGGCUCUCUCAGACGGGAAAUCGAGGUCGGCACAGAGCGAUUCCUGGCGGGGAGCACCGGUACCCUAGAGAGGAUUGCAGAUGCUGUGUACCGAGCCAUUUCAUCAGUUGAUGAGGUCAACAAGCGUAGCGAGCUUUGGGAUUCUUUGAUCAUCUGCGGCAACGGAUCAAAGCUGCGAGGAUUCAAGGAAGCACUUCUCCAAAGCGUACAAGCCAAAUACCUCAUCUCCCCUUCCUCGGCGACAAUAUUCACCUCUGAGAUCCCCUCCAACGUCUCCACCCCCCUUGGAACAGGCGCCAAUACUCCACAGCCUCAAAUGGGCCAAUACGGUCAACUUGGUCCCCACGGCGGCUCACAAGUCAACCCACUCCUUCUUGCGGCCACAACAGCGCAAACUCAGCACCUCAUGUCGCAUGGCGGCAACCAGCUGAUGUCCACCAUGUCACACAAUACGCACUCUUCGCACGGCCAGACACCCACCUCGAUCAAGACUGUCAAGCCCCCAGAAUACUUCCCCGAGUGGAAAGACGUAGGAUUUGACGAAGCAGCGUUCCUGGGAGCGCAGGUCGCCGCGAAGGUCAUUUUCGUGGUCGACCAAGGUCAAAGUAAGGGCUACAUGACGCGUCCAGACUACAACGAUCAAGGUCCGCAGGGCAUUCACGACUACAGUUUGUGAUUUUGAUAGGGGUGAGUAUCGAUGUAGUCGAAUCUUGUAUAGCUAGCUUUGGAGUUUGAAGAUAUCCCGGCGCAACGAAAAAGCAAUAUUUGGGCAUAAUAGGCUACCGGCGACCUGCGUAAUGUGAUCCUGCACUGACAUUCUCUCACACUUUGUAUCUGGCUUGUACGCAGUGGUCGAGCAUUUGCUGCUUUCGGAUGUGGAAGC